CAACAUGUCCGUCCCGUCCGAAAAGGAGCAGGAUGAAGCAGAUUUAUUUCACAUUUAUGAUUUAUAAUUUAUAAUGCAAAAUGGUGAAUAUUUGUCUUAAUAUUAUAACAAUAACUAUUAUUUCUAUUAUACAAUUUGACUGUAUAAUACAGUGCAUUAACAAUGAUGACUGAUCAGAUGUGUAGGUGUACCUAAUGAUGUGGUCGGUGAGUGUUUACAGCACAAACGAACAUUAAACAGGACCUCUUUGUGUACCUAUGACGCCAUUUUUCACUUCCAAGUACUUAGAAUUCCAAGAAGUGUAACGUUUGUCGUCCAUACUCGCUGCUUGAGGGCGAUAGAAACUACAGAUCAAGCUAGUGUUGUGUCGCCACCUUGCGGCUAAAUGGUGUCACUUCAAGCGAUCGUUACCACAGCAACUGUUGUUAGUGUCAGCAGCAGAUGAAAGCGCUUAGCGUGACUCAGCACUUUUGACGUAUUCAAAGGAGGGCAAAUGGCGGCAGAAAGCGCUUCGGGAAAAAAACUGGACGUCAGCAUUCUGAGCGCCGACCAGCGGGAGAAACUCCGCCUGUUCAAAAUUCAGACGAGGAUCGACAAUGAGAAGUACCUGAUGGCGCAUCCUGAGGUGGAGAUCCUGGUUGGAGACUUUCUCAGAGACGUGCUUCUUAAAAGACCCGCUGACAUCUGUGCUUUUGCUGCAGAUCAUUUCACUGACCCAAACCUUCCCGUGGUUAUCAACGCUAAAAUGGAGACCAUAAAGACGGACUGAGACUGAGACCUGUACCAACGUCUCUCUAGUGAUGUUUACCAAACGUUGUGGGACAAUAAUAAAGGGCUGCUUUUGCUACAAAGUCUUAGCUGCUCAUUUAAAGCAACCUUAGGAAAAAAAAUUAUUUAUGGUGCCUACAAAGGUUGUAAACAGUACUAUAUCAGGGCCCUUUAUUUACCCAGGGCGGUGAUACUUGGAGAGAUUGAAAAAGCCUUACAUAUAACAAACUAUAACUGUAAUAAUGAUUUAGACAGCAUGAGAAAGUGGAAAGAGAAAUGCAGCUCAUUGGACACAUAGUGAUAUAGGCAAAUAGGCUUUUUUUUCCAAGUUAAUUAGGAUUUUACCCACCAUAUAAGUGUAAAAUUGUUGUUGAUUUUUCCAUUUUUGCUGUCCUUGUUUUCAGUUUUUGAAGCUUUUCGCAAAAUGUAAAAAGACAUAUAAAUAUAUGAAAGUGUCCUAUAAUUUUUCUGUAUGCUGCCCUCUGUGGAAAACAUUUGGAUUGCUUAAUUCAUGGAAAAAGCAAGCCUGAGAUGAAUGGACUAAGAAAAGUUGUAGCCUGCUCACCAAGCAU